AUGAACUGGUUCAACCUGGUAAAUUUAUUGUCUCUCUAUUGUUACUAUUGUUUCACUAAAUUCUUCUCCUUACUUCGGUGGUCCUUUUGGCAACAUGCUCCCCAAAAAAUCACUGAACCCGAAAAGCUCAAGAUCGAACAAGCCAAAACAUACAGAUUAAGGGGUAUACCAAACGAUUUCGACAGUCGAAAAACCUUGGAGCUCCUCCGCAAUGUCCUCAAUCUAAAAGAAGAUGUGAAAUUCAAGGUCCGCUCUCUUGCAGAUGAUCCAUCCUACGAUGGGAAGGUUGCCACUGUGGAUGUCACUGGAGACUUGAGACAGAAAUUGGACCGUGGUCGCGAUCAGUGGAAGCUAAAAGUCACCGGAGAGGGUCUGAAUGAUUACAUUCAUCUCACUCUUGAUACGCAUUUCUUGCGCCUUACCCCACUACACUCAAAUUCUAGCGACAUUGUAGAAGCAGAUGUAAUCGCCGUUUGUGGCUUAGAAGGUCACGGAUUUGAGUCUUUCAAAGAUAAAAAUGCUCCUUCUUACAUGUGGCUGCGCGAUUCACUUCCUAAAGACCUGCCAAAGGCAAGGAUUUUCAGCUUUGGCUACAAGACUGAAUUAGAGGAUGCCGAUUCUUUCCAAACCAUCUCUGAUCUAGCCUCCCAACUUCGAUGUACAAUCAAUGGCAUUCGGAGCUAUGAAGAUGUAAAAUUACCCUACGAUUACAAAAAGUUUUUAAUUGUAACACGUAUACAGCAGGGCGAACCACCGCGAUCACUCAUGUUUAUUGGGCACGGGUUAGGUGGAAUAUUGAUAAAGCAGGCAUUGAUCCAUAUGAAGGACGGAACCAAACUUGAUAGGAUAAACUUUGACGCUGUAGCAGGCCUCUUAUUCUUCGGUGUACCAAGCCGGGGAAUGGGAAUCAGCUCUCUGCUCCCAACGGUUACUCAUCAACAAAACAGAGAUCUCAUUGCGAGCCUCGGAAGGGACUCGACAUUUUGUCAAGACCAGGAGACGGCGUUUCGCGAGGCUUUGUGUUCCAACUUAGAGCGUACUGGUAGGCGCCCGCCAGAGGUGGUUUUUUUCGAUGAAGGGCUGGUAAUGCCAACUGCAUUUGAGCAGUUUGAUGGUGAUUCGGAAACUACAAACCCACCGACCCCAUUUACGGACGGAGAAUCAGUGUAUUAUGAUUGUCAAUACGGAGACGAUAUCGACCAGCGGAGCAUGAUUGUGAAAAAUCAUCUUGACAUGGUCAAAUUCAGAAGGCAAGAGCCUUACUACAACACGGUUCUUCGGCGUCUCAAAACAUUCCAAAGAGAUUAUUUGGAAACAACACAAAGAGAGAAACUCAAUAAAGACCUCCCUGCGGAGAUUAGCGCAUAUGAAAAAUCUCCCUUUGACAGCCUGGAAGCUUCGACGGAUCCAAAUCAAUGA